CCGUGGGCGCAAACCAAAAUUACGAAUCGCACUCUGCACCAUCUAGCCCAACAAAAUACAACUCCCAGCGCACGUUAGCAAAGAGCACCUCGAAUUCCAUUCCAGAACGAAAACAUUAAGGCGCGAACCAAAACAGUUUAUUUCAAAUCCAAUCCCAUGCGGUUGUUUCCUCCGCGCGCCUCCUCCAUCAUGACAACUCCAACCGCAUCCGGCUCGGGUUCCGUCGUCUGGUUCCGGAAAGGUCUUCGGAUCCACGACAACCCUGCUCUCGAGUUCGCUUCCCGAGGAGCUUCAAAUCUCUACCCUGUCUUCGUCAUCGACCCGCAUUACAUGAAACCCGACCCGUACGCUUCCUCACCCGGAUCCUCCCGCGCCGGUCUCAACCGCAUCAAUUUCUUGCUCCAGAGCCUUCGCGACCUUGAUCUUAACCUGAAGAAACUCGGUUCAAGACUCUUGAUUCUUAAGGGUGACCCUGCCGAAGUUCUCAUUCAAUGCUUGAAACAGUGGAAUGUCAAGAAGUUAUGCUUUGAGUAUGACACUGAACCAUAUUAUCAGGCUCUGGAUAUUAAAGUUAAGAGCUUUGCCGUUGCGGCAGGAAUUGAAGUUUUCUCUCCUGUAAGUCACACACUCUUCAAUCCAAUGGACAUUAUACAGAAGAAUGGAGGGAAGCCGCCGCUUAGUUAUCAAUCAUUUGUCAAGCUUGCUGGGGAUCCGCCUUCCCCUCUUUUGACCGAGCUAUCUUCACUUCCUCCAGUAGGCCAUCUUGGAGGCUGUGAUAUUUUUGAAGUUCCAACAGUCGAAGACCUUGGAUAUGAAGAUGCUAAACAGGAUGAGUUUUCUCCUUUCAAAGGUGGUGAAUCAGAAGCAUUGAAGAGGUUGGAAGAAUGCAUGAAAGACAAGAAGUGGGUGGCAAACUUUGAGAAGCCAAAGGGCAAUCCAGCUGCAUUCCUUAGGCCCGCAACAACUAUUUUAUCACCUUACUUGAAAUUUGGUUGUCUCUCUUCCAGAUAUUUCUACCAUUGCAUUCAAGAUGCAUAUAAAAGUGUGUCAAAGCAUACAUCUCCACCUGUUUCUCUUCUAGGACAGUUGUUAUGGCGAGACUUCUUUUACACAGCAGCUUUUGGGACUCCAAAUUUUGAUAGGAUGAGAGGCAACAGGAUUUGCAAGCAGAUUCCUUGGAAGGAUGAUGAUAAAUUGUUGGAGGCUUGGAGGGAGGCUAGGACAGGGUUUCCUUGGAUUGAUGCUAUCAUGGUCCAGCUACGUCAAUGGGGUUGGAUGCAUCAUUUGGCACGACAUUCUGUUGCAUGUUUUCUCACGCGAGGUGAUCUGUUUGUUCAUUGGGAAAAAGGACGUGAUGUCUUUGAGAGGCUUCUGAUUGAUUCAGAUUGGGCGAUUAAUAACGGAAACUGGAUGUGGCUCUCAUGUUCAUCUUUCUUUUAUCAGUAUAAUCGGAUUUAUUCCCCAAUCACAUUUGGGAAGAAGUAUGACCCCAAUGGGGAUUAUAUUAGGCAUUUUCUCCCAGUCUUAAAAGCAGAUAUGCCCAAACAGUACAUUUAUGAACCUUGGACUGCUCCUAUAAGCAUCCAGACCAAAGCAAAUUGCAUAAUUGGCAAAGACUACCCAAUGCCAGUUGUUUCUCAUGAUUUAGCAAAUAAAGAGUGUCGAAGGAAAAUGGGGGAGGCAUAUGCAUUGAAUAGAAAAUUGAAUGGUUUGGUUAGUGAAGAUGAGCUGAAACACUUGAGAAGGAAAUUAGAUGCAGGUGAAGAGCAAGAGGCUAAAGCUAAAAGAUCUAGGCAACAGCUGAUUGGCUGACUGAAAAAUUUAGUUUUUUCUUCUUCUUUCAAUUCUCAUGUUUUGAGUUGCAAUUUAUGCAUGUUUGAAGUAUUAUUUUGUAUCAUGACGUCUUGUAUCACACUUGUAUAUAAUGUAGUUCAUAUCAUAUAUAUGCUAAACUGACAAUUGUCUAA